GAUUUCAUUGAGUCCCGCCCCCGGAAACGGAUUGUCCGAGCGCGGGAUUUUAACUUCAGACGGAGCUCGCGGGCAGUCAGUUCCCUCCGCGCGGAGAACAAACAAACAGAGAAACAAACGGAGAAACAAACAAACAAACAAACAUGGCGACUCCACCGAAGAGACUCCGAGUUCCCGCCAGUCCGACCGGAAGCUUUUCCCGCCGAGAGAAGAAGAUUUCCAUAGAAGGAAACAUCGCUGCAGGUAAGUCUACCUUCGUGCGUCUCCUCCAGGAGGCGUCUGAGGACUGGGAGGUGAUUCCUGAACCGAUCGGGAAAUGGUGCAACGUCCAGAACGACAGCGACGACGUUUACCAGGAGCUGAGCUCCUCUCAGAAGAGUGGAGGGAACCUGCUGCAGAUGUUGUACGAUAAACCGAGCCGCUGGUCCUACACCUUCCAGAGUUAUGCGUGUCUCAGCAGAGUUCGUUCUCAACUUCAGUCUCCGUCCAUCAAGCUUCAGCAGGCGGAGACCCCCGUCCAGUUCUAUGAACGCUCCGUCUACUCAGACAGGUACGUGUUUGCUUCCAACCUGUUUGAGUCCGGCAGCCUGACGGAGACAGAGUGGAGUGUGUAUCAGGACUGGCACACCUGGUUACUGAGCCAGUUUGAGCCGGACAUCAGACUGGACGCCAUCAUCUACCUGAGAGCUCCACCACAGGUACACAACACCUGA